AUGACUAGAAUGAACGAUUUUAUUCCGAUCGAGGAAGAUGUUCAUCAAGAUGACGAAGAAGUUGAAAUUGUAGCGGAAACCCAACAAGACGAUGUUCAAAAAGAUGAUGACGUGCAAGAAGUCCAAGAUUGCGGGAAAAAGACGAAGACAAAGCGUGAAAAUUGGACGCCGGCACAAGAGGUUGCUUUGGCACAAGCUUGGGUUCAAAUUUCCGAAUGCAAAAAAUAUGGAAAUGAACAAAAAGCGGAUGGUUUUUGGCGUCGUGUACUUGAGCAUUACACCACACUUGUCGGCCCGACCACACGGACCAUUCAUGGGUUAACGCCAAAGUGGAAACAAAUGAACGCCACCAUGGGUCUCUUCAACGGGCUAUACAAUCAAGCGAAACAAGCCAAGGGAAGCGGGUGCAACGACUUGGAUAUUAUGAGAGUCGCUAUGGCGGAUUUCAAGACCCGCACCAAGAAGGAAUUUCCUCACCACGCCGCAUGGGAUAAUGUGAAGAUACACGACAAAUGGGCCGAGCAAGAAUGUUUCCAAAUAUACCAAGACAUGGGACCUUCACGUACCGACUCUUCAAAAAGGAAAUCUGGAGAAUAUGAGACGGCCAGCACCGGGCACUUCAUUCCCGACAUGAAUGAAGACCCAAACCCUCCAUUGGAAGCGGCAGCAAAAAAAGGGGAAAAAGAAGGCAUCCGCAUCCGGAUCCGCCUCUUCAACUGUGGCGGAUGACAUUAGCGAGUACGCCAAAAGGAAGACGAGAUACUUGGAUGAAAAACACGAGACGGAUGAGAGGCGCGCAAGACAGCGGGACAUCUUGUUUUUCACCAACUCGCAUGCUCAUAUAACCGAUCCCGUGAUGUUGGAAAUCGUUCUUAGCGAGAAACGCGAAAUUGCCGCAAGACAUGGAUGGCAAUGCCCUUUUUAGUUUCGU